AUGAAGCUGGUGGUGUCCAUGUUGAGUGGCAGGGAGGUCCAGAUCGAAAUUGAGGAUGCUACCACCAUCCGGGAGCUUCGAAGACGAGCACAGAAAGAGCUCGGAUUCCUUCUCUCCGGCCUUGUCCGAUCCAGCUACGAUCUCCCCAGCAGCCUGACACUGGAGAAAGCAGGGUUAAAGGAUGGGGACAUGGUGACAGCUGUGGUGAAGUCGGAUGGAAUCGCCAGGUCGUGUACAGGCUUCGCGCUGGUGCGCUCCGACAUGUCCGUGGUGACCUGGGGCAGGUUCGGUGAAAACCCUCCCACUUCCUUCGCUCUCAGUGGUGUGGAGCUCAUAUUUGCAGAAUGGUGCGAUUUCUGUGCCAUCUUAGCAAAUGGAACUGUGCUCACCUGGGGCGAGUCGAGCCCCCCUCCCAGCAAAGUCGAGCAGCAGCUCGCACAUGCGGAGACCAUUGACUUCUCCAUGCUGGCUUUUGCUGCUACUCUGUCAGAUGGCUCUGUCGUGACCUGGGGUGAGACAGAUUUUGGAGGUGACUGCAGCGACGUGCAGGAUCAACUGAAGAAUGUGCAGCUGAUCUGGGCUUCCGAUUCUGCGUUUGCGGCACAUAGGACAGACGGUUCGGUAGUCACAUGGGGCGAUCCAGAUGCAGGUGGCGACAGCAGUGCUGUGCAGGAAAAGCUAAAGUGUGUGCAAGACAUGAACUGCACGUGUACUGCAUUUGUGGCAAUCUGCUCAGAUGGCUCUGCCGUGGCUUGGGGCAAUCCUCGGAAUGGCGGCGACAGUAGUGCGGUCCAGGAUCAACUGAAGAGUGUGCAGUGCAUCCAGGCAUCCGAAACGGCCUUUGCAGCAAUUUUGAAGAACAGGCGCGUGGUUACUUGGGGCGACCCUGGAGGUGGUGGUGACAGCAGCCCCGUUCAACAUCAGCUGCGCGAUGUGCGCGCGAUCUUAGGGAACCGAAGCGCCUUUGCGGCCAUCUUGGGCAAUGGAUCUGUGGUUACAUGGGGAAGUCCCGGCGAUGGUGGCGACAGCAGCUCCGUUAGGCAGCAACUUCGGGGAGUUCGGGCCAUCCAGUGUACGGAUCGGGCCUUUGCUGCGAUUCGUUAUAACGGUUCGGUGGUCACUUGGGGAGACGCCUUUGCCGGCGGAGAUAGCAGCCGAGUGCAGGCACAGCUGACGCGAGUUAGCGAGAUCCAAGCGAACAGCUUCGCCUUUGCAGCCAUCCUGGAGGAUGGCUCUGUGAAAACUUGGGGCGAUCCGGCUGCUGGAGGCGACAGCAGCGCUGUACAGGCAGAUCUCAUCGAUGUCCUGCAGAUUCAGUACACGGACCGUGCAUUUGCCGCCCUGCGGGCGGAUGGGGCUGUGGUGACUUGGGGUGAUCCUGAGUUCGGUGCUGAUAGCAGCUCCGUUCGGGAGCAGCUCGGACCGGUGCAGAGAGGCGUGAAGCGCCGAAGGGCGCUGCAGGAUGCCACGGACACCCCGGCAGAUCCUGCGGCCCGAUGA